UGUACGUAUUCCUAAAACAGUGAUGUUUUGCAAUGAUUCUUCUCAGAAGUGUUAAGAUACAUAUUACGAUUGACUUAAGAAUUAUUUGGAGCUAGAUUUAUUGAGUUCUCUGUGACUUAAUGCCUAAGGGAAUUUGUUAAGAUAUUCCCCUACCUUGCUAAAAGACUCAUUAGUCGCCAUGCCCCAAACUCAGACCAUUAGUUGAGAUAGAAAGUAAUGUGUUGGGCUUAGACAAGGAAGAUUUCCAUUCAACUCAAGGGAAGUACAGUAUUUGAACUGGACACUGACCUGGAUCAUUGCUUCUUGGGCACCCACGUUCUGGCCCUUGAAAACACUUUCCUUUAAAUAUAAUUCUUGGUGUAACUGUACAAGUAAAUGUUGUCAUUUUUCUUGUGGAAGUGGAAGGAAUGGAGCCCAGGCUUCCCUAUGAGCAUAGACGCCGAUGUGAAGGAUCUUCCUAAAGAAGUUCAGUUUGAUGAAGAAAAAGAAUUAGAGUGGUAUUGCAAUUUAGGGAAAGUGGGGGUGUAUUUUGGUCUUGAGAAAUUUGACGGACUCUUUGAGUCCUGGAAAGACAUUAAAGAUAUUGGACAGAUACUUGAGCAUUUGGGAACUCUGGGCCACAAGUCCGCAGUACUAGAGAACGUGAUGCAAAACUGGAAUCAAGAUUACAUGUUUGGCUAUCAGUUUUUGAACGGCUGCAAUCCUGUCAUGAUCAGGAAGUGCAUGCAACUUCCAGACAAGUUUCCAGUCACACACGAGAUGGUCGAGGGCUGUCUGAAGACAGGACACACACUACGAGAGGAAUUACAGGCAGGAAACAUCUACAUAGCAGAUUAUGAAAUACUGAAGGGAGUGCCAGCAUCCAGCAGCCAGCGCUAUCUGACUGCACCCAUCUGCCUACUGUACAAGAAUGAUCUGAACCAAAUUGUGCCAAUCGCCAUUCAGCUGAGUCAAACCCCAGGGGAAACUAGCCCCAUCUUUCUCCCAAGCGAUAAUAAGUUUGACUGGAUGCUGGCCAAGAUGUGGGUGAAAUCCUCUGACUUCAAUGUACACCAGCUGGUCACACACCUUCUCAAGACACAUCUGUUCUCAGAGGUUUUUGAAAUGGCCAUAUACAGACAGCUUUCUGCCAUCCAUCCCGUAUACAAGUUAUUGAUGCCUCAUGUUCGUUUCACAAUUGCAAUCAAUGCAGAGGCCCGAGAAAAGCUCAUCAGUAAAAACGGGAUCUUCAGCCAGGUUGGUAGCAUCAGUGGAGAUGGGAUGGGGAAACUGAUACAAAAUGCCAUGGAGACUUUAACCUACAAGUCCCUGUGCUUCCCUGAGGACAUAAAAGCUCGAGGAAUGGAAGAUGUGCCCAAAUACUAUUACAGAGACGAUGGAAAGAUGAUCUGGGAGGCAAUACACUGCUUUGUUUCUGCUGUGGUCAAGAUCUACUAUGACAGCGAUAAGAAGGUUCAACAAGAUGAGGAGAUUCAAGGAUUUGUUAAGGAUGUUGCCUGCUCUGGCAUGAAUAACUCUGCCAACUUUCCAAAGUCUCUGGAAUCUCGAGAGCAGUUGGUCGAGUACCUGACUGUCGUGAUUUUCACAGCUUCAGCACAACAUGCUGCUGUCAACUUUGGACAGUUUGACUGGUACGCCUGGAUCCCCAACAGUCCUUCCACCAUGCGCAAGCCACCUCCCCAGAAGAAGGGCCAAGUGGAUAUGGAGUAUAUCAUGGAUAGUCUGCCUGACCGUGAUUGUUCCUGCAAGGCUCUGGCAACAGUUUGGGCCCUCACUCAGACCGAGUACAAUGAGCUGUUCCUAGGCAUGUAUCCAGAUAUGUACUUCACAGAGCAACCAGCGAAGGAAGCCAUAAAGACUUUCCGCCACAAACUAGAAGAGGUGACCAACAUCAUCAAGAGCCGGAAUGAUGAAUUGACAUUGGCUUACUGUUAUCUGUCCCCAGACAAAAUCCCCAACAGUGUUGCAAUUUGAGAAAAUAUUUGAAGAAACAUUUUGCCAGCCCUAAUCAUAAGAUUUACGGCCAAAGCAUGCUUGUUUGUGGUGUGUUUUAGGUAAUCGUUUCACCUUAUAAUUUUUUACCUUAUUGAUAUCUAACAUCUGUAUGGAUUUUGCACUGAUCAUGUUUUGCUGGUUUGGAGGGAAUAUAUUUCCAGCUUCAUUUCUUUUGGUAUGUGGGAGGUUUUCUCUGAUAGAGGUUAGCUGA